UUUUUUUCAAUUUGAAUAGUAAAUCUAAAUACAUACACGCCUGUUGACGGUUGCGCGGUUUUUGCUGCCAAAAACCACGCGCAUACCUGUGUGCGCGACGUAAUUCGCGGUUUGCCGUGCAAGUAACGAAUUUUAACUCGAAAAUACCACAAAGGUGACAACCGGUUUAGGGAACCAGUUGUGUUUGUGAUUGUGUUAAAGAGGUGCCAAACGUUGAAAGCGAUCACGAAACCUCAGCAGGUGAAAGUGUCCCGUGCGUUGCUGGAUUGCCUACCGAGCUGGACGUACAUAUUUCGGGGCAACAACAAACGAACGAACGAUAAGUUUCAUCUACCGUAGGUCGCAAGGUCAGCCGGAGGAGUAACCCCGUUUCAAAGAUAUGACACACAGCAAUGGAAGGACGGAUAGUGCCGGUGGACUGCGGCCACUGAAGAUAACGACGGUCGGGGAUGGUAUGGUGGGAAAGACGUGCAUGCUGAUCACCUACACCAGAAACGAGUUCCCGACCGAGUACGUACCGACCGUGUUCGAUAACCACGCGUGCAACAUCGUCAUCGAUGGCUCGGACUAUUCUCUCACGCUGUGGGACACGGCCGGCCAGGAGGACUACGAGCGACUUCGACCACUAAGCUACCCCAACACCGCCUGCUUCCUCAUCUGCUACUCGAUAUCGAGCCGUACGUCGUACGACAACAUUCUAUCCAAAUGGUGGCCGGAGGUGCGAACUCACCUACCAGGGGCACCGAUAGUGCUCGUAGGCACCAAGAGCGAUCUGCGCGUUCCGGGCUCGGAAAAGUUCGUCACCACGGCCGAGGGCAAAAAGAUGAAGCACAAAAUCAAGGCGUACGCGCUGGUGGAAUGCUCAGCAAAACGGAAAGAGAACCUGCACGAGGUGUUCGAGGAGGCGGUCCGGGCGGCGGAGAAGAAACCACACGUGAGCCAGCGAUCCUGCACGAUACUUUAGUGCUCGGACGAUAGUUUAGUGGCUGGAUGGCUCCCUUUGCGGGCACGGGUGGUUACGUUCAAUUCUUACGCUAAGGAUUGCAGGAUAUUCCGAAAGCACUCGGCUGGUUAGCUGAUAAAGCUUUGAUAUCGUUGAAGUACACGAAUCCUGAUAGAAAAGCACCAAAUCCGACGAGCGGUACCCGCACCCAUCGUUUUGAUUCGGCGCCAGAUAUCAGCCACGCCGAGAACUGACCGAAGCAGAACCGAGAAAGUCACAUUAGAAAGAUUUUAUUGGUCUUUCAAUUUCUACGGGCUUAAUAUAAAAAUAGUUUACUAUAAUCAAGUAAAACUAGCCUUUCGGAUAUCAACUCUUUUUCCUACAACAUUUUCUAAGCCCGUGAUAUCGUGCUAAUUAUGAGCUUCGAUCGUAAGCGAUCAAUAAUUUAGCUCCGUGAGAGUGUAUUCAUAUACAGUAAAUAGUCAAAACCGUAUAAAAAGAAAACACCAUCACCCUAACUCUUUAUGGUUACGGUAAGGCGUAACGAAUGAUUCCUAUAUGUUAUGUUUAAAUUCUCUCAUCUCGCGGCCAAUGCUAGUUUAAAGACGAACCGGUGUCGAUUAACGGUUUCUUUUGGUGCACCAAGCUAAGCGUUUAGUGCGCACAGUUUUGGCAGAGAAAUGUAGUUGUUAUCGAUUUUAAGCGAAAGCAGAACCGAGAGUGUUUAACGAUAGAAGAAAGAAAAAACAAUCUAGCAACGAUCGGUUGCAUUUGUACUGUAUUCUUGUUUUAUGUGCUUGUUGAAUAAACUAGUCAUUUUAAGUAGCAUACACA